AUGUGGGCUCCAGGGGAGCCGCUGGCUAACCAAGGCGGAUGCGGCGCCAUCCGCUCAGGGGCCCAGAGCGGGUAUUUCAACGUACCCUGCCAGAAUUCCCAGCCUUUCAUCUGCUCACAGAAAAUUGCUACAUGCGAUACCAGCAACCUGACAGCCGUCUACGGCGUCCGAGGCACCGUUCAGUCCCCAAAUUUCCCGGAUACCUACUCGAACAACGAGAAUUGCAUCCAGCACAUUGUCGCCAACCAGAGCCAAUUCGUCGACUUGGCCUUCGAUGCGAGAUACGACUAUUUGGUGCUGUACGAUGGGUGGUACCCGGGAGAAGACGCGCUCGUCAUCGCAAACCUUACCUACGACCCGACCAACAUCACCGACAACAGCACGAAGCCGAAUUUUCAGACUACCAGCAACGUGAUGACGCUGCAGUUCAUCACCGACAACUCGGUGCAGCGCACCGGCUGGCACGCCAAUUAUACGCUCCGACCCUAUCUUCCCGAUAUUGCGGCCAGCGGCUCGUCCGGGAUGCUGCAAAGUCCAAACUACCCCAACAACUAUCCGUACGAUGCCGAGCAGAUGUACUAUAUUAAGACGAUACCCGGCACCAAGAUCUACCUCUCGUUCCUCGAUUUUUGGACGGAAACCUGUUGCGAUUAUUUGGCCGUGUACGAUGGACCCGGCCGGACGGCUCCGUUGCUUGGAAAGUUCUCCGGCUCGACAAUCCCUAGCCCUGUCACCUCAACGAACAACUCGAUGACGCUGUUCUUCUACAGUGACUAUCUGCUGUCCUACCGUGGUUUUCAGGCCAGCUGGACGAUUAUG